ACAUUUGUCUUUUCCUAUUGCAGGGGGUAACAAGAUUGUUGCUGACUGUGAUUCCACAUUUUAGACAGGUAUUUACUUUCUUCUUUUGCAUUUCCAAUUGAUAUUGAAAUGUAAAAUGCUUAUUUGUUAGAGCAAGCUAGAACAAACUGAUCACUACUUGGUUUAUUGUCUCCCUUCUCUAAAAUUUUCAAUAGUUUGUAAUGAGUGAUCCAUUUUGCUUGUUUUGCUGUAUUACCAAUGAUUUCUCUUUGCUUGUAGAUAUUAUUGGCAGCUUUUGAGUGUCCACAUUGUCACGAGAGGAACAAUGAAGUGCAGUUUGCUGGUGAACUCCAGCCUCGAGGGUGUAACUAUUGUUUAAAAGUUGCACCAGGUGAUCGCAAGGUCGUGAAUAUUCAAUUACUUUGCUAGUUAUUAUUCUGGUUUUGCUAUGAAUACACUUGUCCUUUUGCCCGAUGAUAACAUAAACAUGAUAGAUAAUUGAUUUUUUAGUUAGUGGGAAAUUGAUAAACUUGCUAAUGAGAUGCUUUGGUAAUUGUCUUUUGUACCUAGGAUUGAUGGCUAUUUCAGAAACAAAUCUAAGUUUUGUGCUGGGUUUGAAAUGUGCUAAAUAAUGUGUAAGAAUAUGCUGAAAAUUCUGAAUUAAGGUGUUUAACUCGGUCCAUUUAAGUGCAAGAAUCUUCAUGUUUCUUGACUUGUCAAUCAUCUACCUUAGUUGGAGGCUAUUCUGGUUUUCUCUUUGCAAACAUGAUAUUAUCUACCAAAGUAGCUAUUCUCAUCUUUUUUCAUUAUUGAUGUUCAGGAUAAUAAGGUUCAGCCAUGACUUCAAUACAUAUAAUAUCAAUAGCAUACACUUUUUUGUCUUUCUUUAAGAAAAUAAUAUGAGUGUCAAGUUUUUCAUUGUGAUUGGGUCAGUACUUUUUGAUGAAUUAUUCAGUUUGCAUUUCUUUAUUCUUUUUCCUAGUUAGCAUUUAGAAGAUCUUGGGGUUCCUCAUCACUUAAUUUCUUAAUUACACCUAUGUAUGUUUGGUAAUAUGCCCUAUCUUUUAACUAUUUUUUAAUUCAUGUCGAGAGUGAAGCUAAUACACUUUCAGCUAAUUAUCAACCAUUUAAAUUUGUGUCUGAACUGCAACUUCAAUGAUGAUUAUUUCAUUGUCUUGCAGAUUCUCAACCGUCAAGUAGUCAAAUCUGAAACAGCAACUAUUAAGAUUCCAGAUCUUGAUUUUGAGAUUCCUCCCGAAGCCCAACGCGGUUCUUUGUCCACGGUUGAAGGGAUAUUAACACGUGCUGCUGAUGAACUUGGUGCUCUUCAAGAAGAAAGAAAGAAAGUAGAUCCUCAAACAGCUGAUGCAAUUGAUCAAUUCUUGAUAAAGUUGAGAUCUUGUGCAUCCGGGGAUUCGUCCUUCACUUUUGUCCUUGAUGAUCCCUCGGGUAACAGCUUUAUCGAGAAUCCGUUUGCCCCUUCUCCUGAUCCAUCACUGUCUAUUAAGUUCUAUGAAAGAACUCCUGAGCAGCAAGCAUCUUUAGGCUAUCUUGCCGAUCCAGCACAAGGAGGAGAAGCUGCAGAUGUAGCGCCAUUGGAUACCAAUAAUGGUCCAGAGCAAGGUUCAAGUGAGCCACAUGGAUCUGUUGGCGCUAGAGCUGGUCGUAGGGCCAUAGCUCAAGUAAACAGUGCAGAAGUGGCAGAAACUUUGUUCAAGUAUUCUGCCCCUGAAGAGGUGAUGACUUUUCCCACAACUUGUGGAGCUUGUGGUGCCAAGUGCGAGUGUAGGAUGUUUGUUACUAAUAUUCCAUACUUCCGAGAAGUAAUAGUCAUGGCAUCCACUUGUGAUUCUUGUGGUUACCGCAACUCGGAGCUGAAAGCUGGAGGAAGUAUUUCUCCUAAAGGAAAGAAAAUUAUUAUUCGUGUGGAGAAUCUGAGGGAUCUCAGUCGAGAUGUCAUAAAGUCAGAUACUGCUGGUGUGACCAUUCCAGAGCUUGAGUUGGAGCUGGCUAGCGGGACCUUGGGUGGUUUUGUAACUACUAUCGAAGGUUUAAUUACAAAAAUUAGUGAAAGCCUUGAGAGAGUGCAUGGGUUUGGAGAUAGUCUUGAUGACUCCCAAAGAAACAAAUGGCUAGAGUUGAGGACAAGGCUCAAACAGCUUUUGAGCCUGGAAAAACCUUGGACAUUGAUCAUUGACGAUGCUUUGGCUAACUCCUUCGUGGCACCUGCAACUGAUGAUAUCAAGGAUGAUCACCAACUGUCUUAUGUGGAAUACGAAAGGUCAUGGGAACAAAAUGAGGAGUUUGGCCUCAAUGAUCUGGACACGUCUUCAGCUGAUGUAGCUUAUUAUAAAGUGAAUGAAGGGGCAUCUUACACCUUUGUAAAGGCAUUGGAGACAACUGGUUUAAAAGUGCACAUGAAUGGCAUAAGGAUACAUAGCAAUCACAGGGAAAUAAAGCGCAGAGAAGGGUUGAUUGUGAAGUGCCGGAAAUGUUUGAAAAGUUCAGCUGAAAAGAAUAUUCUUAAGGAUAAUUCGGAUCAUUUUGUUGGACCUGUUGAUGUAGACCUUCCUGAGGAAGCUCCCAUCAUGACACCUAAGUCUUCUGGUCCUAGGACACGUUCUAAAGCCAAGAAGUUGCAAGAAAGUGUCAAUGGUCUCCUACGUCAGACGGAAGUACCUAUACCGAAAGAGUAUGACGCUAGGUUGAUCAAUUUCCUUACCAUUCAAGUCUAG